AUGAAUGAAUACACUUGCGCAGAUGACAACGAAAUUCUUGAAUUCGUUUCAUCUCAUUUUCCAAUGUACGAUGCGGAUCUCGGCAAAAAUCAAUCCUUCGAUGAAUUCUGCCGAGGAUUUUGUCAGGCAAAUGAGCCUGUGAGAAUGUUUUAUCUACUGUUCAGAAAGGAAGGAGCAAUUCAUAAGUUCAGAACGGGCUACGAGUUGUGGAAGGAA